GUAAAAGAUUAAUAAGAUGAUGAAAGUUCUUUAACCUUCUGAAAGGGUCUAUUACCUUGUGUUGUCUUGCUUUUCAAGCAACUUGUCAAAUUACACAUUCGAUUACUGAAAACAAGCCAUGAAUUAGCCAUUCUUCUGUAAACUUCCGAAUAAAUUAAAAAAUGCUCCACCUAUUCAACGAUUACGGAUAUAACUUAAUCAUGAUCAUAAUAUUUGUCCAUUCUCGAUGGACAAAACAAAAAAAAUACGGUGUUUGCGUAUUUCGACAAACGCAUAGUGUUAUGUUAUAUAGCGGAUAAAUAGUGUAUAAAAAGGCCAUUUUUCAAUUGAUUCUCGUGUUAGAAUAUAAUUGGACGUCAAGUCCAUUCACGGGCAUUAUCUUUUUUUAAAAAAAUCAUUGUGUAGUACGAAUGAUCAAUCGAUUAACCAAAAUCACGAUCUAACGGACAGUUCGAUCAUAAUCUUUCACCAUCAUCAUCGUAGCCAUCAUUAUUUUAUAUACUAUGAAAGAAAAAUUACACGGAAGAAUUUUUUCAAAAUCAAGUAAUCUUAAAUUAUCAUCACUUGUGAUUGUUCACCAUCAUUUACAAGUUUUUUCAUGUUUCUCGUUUUUCCCUUUCUAUUGACUUCAGUCGGUUCAUUCGCCCGAUCAUCGUAGUGUAUAAAAACCGAUGAUCCAAAUCAAAUAAUUUUUGUUUCGUUCAUUCGUCGACGAUAAUUUCAUCUUUAUCAAUCUAACAUUCUUUUUUUAAAUUCAUUUGACCAAUUGAUUUUAAAUUGAUCUCAUCAUAAAUUAUGUAUGUACUUCAACAUUCUUCGAAAAUUCUCUUUCGACAUUGGCUGUUGUUUUUGUUGGCAACAUUUAUGAUCAAUUAUAUGAUGGCAGAACCGGCCGCCGAACGUGUCAACUGUAGAAGAGUUGUAUUUCAUCCAUAUUGUCGUGGUAUCAGCGCUAAACGAUCAUCAAUGCAAUUGAAAGAUGCAUCGGAUAUGCCACCAAGUCUUGAAUCUAUCAAAAAAUCUUUACCAAAAAUAUGGCAACAGCUGUUGAUUCCAGAUACAAGACAGAGAAUCAUUGAACGAUUCAAUAGUGAACAAUCUAUUCCACGAACAAUGAAAGCUGUCAUAGUCGACGACAAUAAUUCAGCUGAUACGAAUCAUUCGGAACCCAAUCCUAAACUGGAUUCACAUUUAAAUCACGAAUUUAGAGCGGAACCAUUUCAGGUUCCCCCAUAUUUAUUCGGACAUAAACAAUCGAAUAUUGAGCCAGAUAUAAAAUCAACAUCAAGUGAAGAAGAAAUAAGUGAAACGAAUCCACUUAUUUUUCAUCUACGAAUGGUCUCUUAUCCUGAAUUUAUGCAAUUCUUUUCACGAUUAACAUCAAUACCCAAACAUUCCAUGUUAUGAACCUAAAGAUCUCUUAUUAUUAAUUAUUCAAUCGUUGUCAUUUGUUUUGGCAACAAUUUUACCUCCAUUCACAUCAAUGAAUUUUUUUCCUCUCUUAUUUUUUUUUCGUAAUGAUAAAUGUUGAGAAAAUUCCUUUCAAAUUGCUAUACCGCCGAAACGAUUCAAAUGUAUAAAAAAUCGAUUGUAUCGAAUUUAUUGUUAAAUAAAUUCAUUUCUUAACACAAUAAAAUCUGCACAUGAUUGCAAAUUUCAUUUUCAUCAUCACAUUUUCACAAUUCUUUUUCGCACAAAUUAUGGCAAUCACCAUUGAACAAUUAAAAGCAAAAUUAAUUGAUAAACUAGCCGCCACCCAUGUGGAAAUCGAAGACGUUUCUGAUGGUUGCGGUGCAAAGUUUGUAGCCAAAAUUGUAUCGGCAAAAUUUGAUGGCCUUUCAUUGCUAGAUCA